AUGGGGGGGACCCAGUCCUUAGGCCUGCCCCACGGGAAGGGGCCGCACGCUGUCGGCUGCACCGAUGUGAUGGUGGGGCAGAACCAAAAGGGCCUCUUCUUUCGCUUGUUCUAUCCCUGCGUCUCACAAGAGGGGGCAGAACAGCCCUUCUGGAUCCCCCGCUAUGAGUAUUACUGUGGACUAGCUGACUACAUGAACAUGAACCGGAAAUGGUGCGCCCCGUUGCUCAGUGUGACCUUUGGGUCGUGUCGAAUCCCUGUAAGCUGGGAUGCUCCUCUGAAACCGAGUAAGAACAAGUACCCCUUGAUCAUAUUCUCCCAUGGGUUAGGAGCCUUCCGGACGGUUUACUCUUCUGUCUGUGCUGAAAUGGCUUCCCGUGGGUUUCUGGUGAUGGCGCUGGAACACAGAGAUCAUUCUGCUUCUGCCACUUACUUCUGCAAGCUGGAACCCGAAGCGUCGGACUUCCCCGAGGCUCCAGUGCAAGAAGAAUGGCUCUCCUAUCGAGGGGUGCCAAAAGAUCAGAAGGAGUUUCGUUUCCGAAAUCCACAGCUCCAUCAGCGAGCGAAUGAGUGCAUACGGGGGCUGAAGCUGAUCCGGAACAUCAAGGCCGGCAAGGCGGCUGUCAACCUCUUGCACACAGACUUCGACCUGUCCUUACUGAAGGAUAAUGUGGAUUUGUCCAGACUGGCUGUCAUGGGUCACUCGUUUGGAGGGGCGACAGCGAUCCUCGCCCUCGUGAAAGAGGCACAGUUCAAAUGUGCCGUUGCCCUGGACGCCUGGAUGUUCCCUUUGGAGAACUCUCUGUACCCGAAAGUGACCAAGCCGGUGCUUUUCGUCAACACCGAGACCUUUCAGACUGCAGAUAGCUUGGCCAAGAUGAAAAAGAUCUGCUCCAUGAACGAGGAGACCAAACUCAUCACUAUCUUGGGUACCGUCCAUCAGAGCCAAACCGACUUCACCUUCCUCGCGGGGAAUCUCGUGAACAGAGUCUUCCAAACAAGGGGCACCAUCAAUCCUUAUGAAGGGCUGGAUAUCACUAACCGGGCCGCCCUGGCUUUCCUACAAAAGCAUCUCCAGCUGAAAGAAGACUUCGACCAGUGGGGUGGUCUUCUGGAAGGUGUUGGGGAUGCUGUCAUUCCAGAUGGACCUCUGCAGAAGUCCAGCCUGUAGCCCUAAAAGACCAAGUCCCCAAGUGUCCAGUGUACCCUGGAU